ACUAUAUGAGCCUAGAUGUAGCUAUCUUAAGAUAUACUGUUUCUGUAUUUGUCAGGAAUUGUUUAGCAUGUUUUAUUAGGUUUAUGAUAAAUAUUGUUUAUUUUGUACAUAAGCUCUCAGGGUUGUUGCUGCUGUACAGUAGGUGUUUAGUGAAUAAUUUCCCAAAAUGUGACCAGUUAUUGCUUUCAUAUGACCAUGUUAAAGAAUCGUCUUCAGCACCUGUGUGUCUCACUGUCACUUUAUGCACGCUUUGCACCUGAAUCGCUCAAAAUGGAUGAACUUUGACAUUUGAUUUACCUUGUAAAGUCUUUGUUUUAUGGUUUUUAGUGCUGGAAACUGUUUGUGUUCCUGGUAGCAUGGUUGGAAAAUGCGCAGGGAUUCAACCAGCAGAAUAAAUCUGAACUGGGUCAUUUUAACCACAGAUGCGAUUUGUUAUGGAAAAUGUCAGAAGACGCAGAAUUAGGAUUCACAGAACAUUUAUUUAAAGUUUUGGUGAUUGGAGACCAUAAAGUUGGGAAAACCAGCUUUGUUAAACGAUAUGUGAAAAAUAAAUUCUACGAGGAGUUGAAAACGACUAUAGGUGUGGAUUUUUCCAUGAAGGUGAUAGAUUGGGACGGUCACACACAGGUCAGAUUACAGCUUUGGGAUAUAGCAGGCCAAGAGCGUGUAAGGGGACUGAACCGCGUGUACUUUAAGGGAUCCAGUGGUGCACUUGUUGUGUAUGAUGUGACAAACGGGUCAACAUUGGAUGGAGCUCUUAACUGGAAACAUGAACUUGAUGGUCAAGUAAUGCUGAGAAACGGCCUUCCGGUCCCUGUUGUACUUCUGGCCAAUAAAUGUGAUGAGACUAAAGUGUGUCGGAGGAAUGCCUCUCUUCUGGAGAAUCUCUGCCAGGGGAAGGGCUUCAUUGAAUGGUUUCAGACAUCAGCAAAGGAGAAUAUCAAUUUGGAUGAAGCUGCUAAAUUCCUCGUGAAGCACAUUCUCCAAAACAAUGAGGAAUCAGUGAAAGAAGAAGAGCAGAACAUGCAAAUCAACCUGAAGCAGCAGGCAAAGAGCAAAUCAACCUGCUGCUGA